UUGAAUUCACCUACAACGGUUUGUGCCGACCGUCAGUGAUGGCUCAAGGGCUUCCCAGACGGAUAACGAAGGAAACGCAGAGGCUAAUGGCAGAACCAGUUCCUGGCAUUCAAGCUGUGCCUGAUGAGCACAACGCUAGAUACUUUCAUGUUAUUGUCGACGGGCCCAGAGAUUCCCCGUUUGAAGGUGGCACUUUCAAGUUGGAGCUGUUUCUACCAGAAGAAUAUCCAAUGUCGGCUCCAAAAGUGCGGUUUAUGACUAAAAUUUAUCAUCCCAAUAUAGACAAGUUGGGAAGAAUAUGUCUGGACAUUUUGAAAGACAAGUGGAGUCCUGCUCUACAAAUAAGAACAGUUCUGCUCUCAAUUCAAGCUCUUUUGAGCGCUCCAAAUCCUGAUGAUCCUCUUGCCAAUGAUGUUGCUGAGCAAUGGAAGACAAAUGAGUCUCGGGCGAUCGAAACAGCUCAAGCAUGGACUCGUCUGUAUGGGAAGAAGUCAUGAUAAUGUUAGUCUUCUGUUGUCUUUCUGUAUGUGAACUCUGGUUGCAAUGAUGUACUUGUGACUGGAAGCUGGUAUCUCCUAUUGUAGAAUGUCUACUAUAAUAAUUCUCUCUUACCAUAUAGUCUUGUACAUGUACGUUCUGCUGCAUUUGUGCUUAUUUGUGUUGUUAGGCUACGCUACACUUUUAGUCUAUAUUCACGAUAAACUGAAUUUUAUGGUAAACAUAUAACAAAUAGCAACAACGUCUCUUUAUGU